AUGAAAGUUUUUAGUCUAAAUGUGACCAUCAGCCUUGUAGUAGGCAUGGUUUUUGCGAGUCAAAAUUCCCAAAACUCUGUUUCCAAGCUCGUCCGCCGAAGCAACGACAAAGACCACCCUCCCUUCACCAACACUUACAUCAUGAAUGAUAAGCCAGACUACUCACAAGGUGUCUUGACAAUCCAUUAUCCCAAUGGUGCUCUUGCAUAUCAGUUCCAAAAGACUUAUCAAGAUGUUCGCAGAGGAACUUCCACUACGCAGGUGAGAGACUCAAGCUUGCAACCGGUGUUAUUCCUCAACUCCCAAGACGAUACAUGCUUUAAAAAGUCACACUUUAUCGAGCCAAAUGUUACCGGAGCCCAUAAUAGAGUUUUUAAGAUUGAUCCCAGAGGCCUGAGGUCUGAUGAGUGGACCUUCAGCUUUAUUGCCUCCUGGGGGGAAGAGAUCUCGUAUCGCUACAGGAGAAACUAUUUUAACAAAGGAGGCAAGCUUUUCGAGACUAGGAAAGGCGGAAAGGAAGUUCAAAUGUGCUUAUUAGAAAAUCAAACUCGUUGGGAAUCUUGGCUGAACCCUGGACGGAAGGGAGCAGCUGCUUUUACCCUCUCUUGUGCUGCAACUGCCGCUCAGGUCGAAGCGGUUACUUUAAUGGCCAUGGUUUUGGCCAGAGCAGAUGUCUGUGGAAUUUGA